AUGUCCCAUUCAACAAUAUCCCUCCCAUCCUCAAACGCGCCCUCGCGCUCCCGCACCCCAAUCCCCGACCUCCUUCCUCGCCCCUCCGCGCCACCAUCCCCGGCUCGCCCAAUACACCUACCCCCGCCAACAUGCGCCGCAUCUCCAGCACCAGCCCGCUGGGUGUCCCCGCCUGCGGGUGGCGAGCGGCAAAAGACGCGUGCGAGGGACUUGUUGAGGAAGCACUACGGCCUGGGCGUGGGCCCGCCGCCGCCACUCGGUGGGCCGGCGAGGGUUGCGGACCCGAUGGACUUGGACUCGUCGGCGUUCGACGCGAAGGCGUACUACGGGCAGCUGAUUACGACAAGCUCGCUGCCCUCGCUGCUCAAGCGCGAGAACGAGCUCCUCUCCGAGAUGCGCGAGCUCGACAGCGAGCGCCAGAGCCUCGUGUACAACCACCACCACGAGCUCAUCGCUGCUAGUGACACUAUCGCCGCGAUGAAGUCCCGCGCGGACCACCUGGAUGCGGACCUCGACCUGCUGAGGGCAGCGUUCUCCGAGAUAUCACGUCUGUCGACGGAGAUCACAGGACGAGACUCGUAG